GGGGUCAGCCUGCGGGAGACGCUCACGGGGUGGUGAUGGGGCAUGUGGACCUUGGAGCCUCAGAUCUUUCUGCAGAAGGCACAUGAAGAGGAGGAGGGCAUUGCUCCUUAUUUAAUGGCAAACGCAAGUUUUGCUGGACAGCAGGUCUGCGGAGCACCUCACACUGUCAUGCCAGAAGUGGAACUCACUGACCAACUCUUUACAGUUUUACCUGUAGACCAUGAAUUGGUGACAUUCAGGGAUGUGGUCAUCAGCUUCUCUCAGGAGGAGUGGGAAUAUCUGGAUUCUUCUCAGAAGGAUUUGUACUGGGAUGUGAUGAUG